AUGGUUAAUCCGAAGAAGGCUCCGAAGAACGCUCCGAAGAAGCAGCCGGUGAAGAAAGGGCCCGCGACGAUUGCUGCUCGCCGGGCUCGUGUCGGUCCGAAGCGCCGCCGCACCCGUCCUGGAACCGUCGCGAUCAGAGAGAUCCGCCGUCUUCAGAAGUCCACCGAACUUCUGAUUGCCCGGAAGCCGUUCGAGAUGCUGGUCAAGGAGAUCGCCCAGGACAUGUUCACGGCGCUCAUUUUCCGUAAGGACGGAUUGACGGGCCUUCAGGUACACAUUCUUUUCUCUCUCUCUCUCUCUCGGUUCAGUCAAUUACUGUUCUUCUUUCAGGAAGCCGCCGAGGCAUAUCUGGUGGGCCUCUUCAAGGACUCAAACUCGGUGGCGGAGAAGGAGAAGCGAGUGACGGUCAAGAAGGAGGACAUGGAGAUCGUCCGCAAAGUGCGCCGCGAGAUUGAGUGA